UUCAGUUUACACUCAACUGUCCGAAGUAAUUUUCAAUCCAGAGAAGACAGUCGUGAACCACUUCUUCAACCAAUCCAAUAGAAAUUUUCACGGGAAAUAUGGCGAUAAUGAAGUUGUUCAUCGUGGUCAUGUCAUUGACCAUGGCCAUCGCCGCAGAUCUGCCAAGCAAUUGGAAGGUAUGUAGCAGAUCAUUGCCAGCAGCACAGCUUUCCGAAUGCCUGGACACGGCUGUUACAGAUGCUGUGGUUUCGUUGGCUGGAGGCUUGAAGAGUUUAAGGAUUUUGCCGAUUGAACCAUUGGCCGUGGACAGCGUGAGUAUCGGAGGAACACAAGGAUCGGUUACUUUGAAGCAGGAAUAUAAGAAUAUUAAGUUACAUGGCCUUACGAAGGGUAUUAAGAUCUACAAUCAUCACUUAGAUGUGGAUAAUGGAUGUUUAUUGACGUCCGAUUCGAUCAAUCCUCAAGUAGACUUUGUCGCCGAUUACAAGAUCGAAGGAAAAGUAUUAGUCUUGCCAGUCAAGGGAUCUGGAAGAUCAAACAUUACCAUGUAUAACUUGAAAUCACGUAACGAAUUAUUCUGCGAGAAAUAUGAAAAGAACGGAGAGACUUACUUGAAAAUCAAGAAAUACGCAGUGAAAUUCAAUCCUGCUCGAAUAAACUUGCAGUUCAACAACCUCUUCGAUGGUGACAAAACACUAGGACAACAAUUAAACAACUUCAUGAAUGAAAAUUCCGAGUUGCUUUUCAAGGAACUCCAGGGCCCCUACGAGGAAACUUUCAGUCAAGUUUUCACCCAAUUGAGCAACGAGGUGUUUAGUCGCGUGCCACUGAACAAAAUCUUCCCGCCAGAGUAAAUUACUAAGAGUUUCCAUCAUUCUAUUUGCACGCAGGAAUAAUUAAGCCCUCUUCCGUUUAAAAAAGCGCAAAGAAAAAUUAUGUGAUUAUACCAAAAAUUUCUACAUAUUGUACGUGUAAAAAAUACUUAGGACAUGUAAUAAUGUGUUCGUAUAUUUUCUUUUUCUUAAUAAAAGAAAAUUUCUACUGAUUUUCAUA